AAAAAAAAAAAAAAAGGAAGCAACAACAUGACGAAUAACACAAGGAGAGACUAUUUCCUUAGACAAUUCUAAUUAUAAAAUCUUUUGAGGUGAGGUCUUUGGAACCUCAGAAGAUUGAAACAACAUUCUCAUCUUACUUCUUAGGCAUUUCCAACUUGAAAAGGAACCAUAUAUUGUUUUCCUUUUUUUUUUUCCCUCUCCCCCCACCCAAACUAUAAAUUUGCCUUGUGAUGGCAGGAUUCUAGCAUCCACCCUAUCGUAUCAAAUAAGAUUUAGAAGGGAAUUACCACUGCUCAAGAUUCGCAAGAACGUUUACCUGCUUUUGGUAAUGAGUCAAGGGAAAUUUGAAGAAACGGACAGCCUGAAUAAUUUGACACAAAUCGACAGGAAAACUCAUGAAAUGCAAAUCAAAGAAGCACUAUACAUGCAGCUAGAAGUCCAGAGGCGUCUUCACGAGCAACUAGAGAUUCAACGAAAGUUACAACUGAGGAUCGAAGAACAAGGAGAGCGAUUGAAGAAGAUAUUAGAACAACAACAAGAGAUAAACAGGAGCCUCUUGUAGUAGAAAGGGCAAACACAAAAAUAUCAUGCAAAAUUUUUAAGUACUUCAUUUAUGCUAGAUGUUUAAUGGUUCUCUGGUGUGCAU